CGCCAAAAAUUAAAUAAAUUAUGCAACAGCUGUCAUUAAUAAAGUCGAGCGAAAAAAGUGAAAAAACAACAAAAAAUCGAAAAUAUCCCACAAUGAAUCAAGGUCAGCAUAAGGCAGCAUAAAUGCAACAACAACGGCAACGGCGGCAAAUUGAAGUUGCAUUUUGUGUUGAAAAUCCAGUUUUGUGUUUGGUGAGCUGCACUUGGCAAAACAUACACAAAAUCGAAACAACAAACAACAAAACAAAAGCACACGCUCUCGCACUGAACUGACGUUCAAGUUUUUGGUUUUGGCUUUCUGUGGAUUUCUUUUACAUAUCAAGUGAGCCAAAAAUUGAUUUAAUCAAGCCACACAAGUUUGCAUCUCAGGUCGAGAGUUAGCCGGUGAAGUGCUUUUUUGGGGAAAUAUAAAUUCACUCCAUGUCAAAAUCAAUUUUCAACACGAAAAUUAAACUUUUGCCAUAUUGGGUUUCAUAUUUUUCAUAUUUUGCGCUUUGAGACCCACUCCGCACUCCCCACAGAAACACCGGCUGGCCAACAGAAUGUUUUUUUGGGGCGUGUCAGUAUCUGGGUUCUUGUAAUUAAUCGCUGCGAAUGCAAAAAUUUAUGAGAUUUUCAUGAAUUUUUGAAGCCUUCUGUGGAGUUAUGUGGGCUGUCCACGGAUUGGCAUUGAAGUGCGUGGAAACCCAAAACAGAAAUCAACACACUCACGUGCGACUAUAUGCCAGCUGACCAUAUAUCAAUUAAAGUCACAGUCACAACAAAAUCGUGUGACAAUUAAAUCCGUAAAAUACCGAAACGAUUGACUUGGCAAUCGUUCAACUGUGAAAAUUUGCAUGGCUCGGCGAAAAUUGCGAUAAACCGCUUUAACGAUUAUGUGAUAAACGCCGAGAUUGAUCUGUCACAAUACGCACUCAAUGUCAACUAAUCAGUUUGGCAGCUAAAUACGCUAUAAUUAGUUAAUUAAGGCUUGUCCCGGUACAAAUUAGGGCUAAUAUUCCUGAUGAUGUAUUGCUUUUCCAUUGAAUCCUGGCUGCCAUUCUCCAUUAUCCUUGCCUUGGGAAUGUAAUCAAGUACCAUUUUAUUGCUUAAAGGGGUUUUAUUUUUCAGAAACGUUUUAUUGCAUAUUUUUAUGGGAGUUGAGUUCAUAACCUCUUAGCCACCCUUAUACAUUUAUGCAUAUUAAAGUAAACAGAAACUUUCGCCAGCUGCUGGCCAGGCCAGGCUCAUAUUAAAACGGGCUCGAUUCUGGGCAACAUCCACUCAGCUUGAAGUGGCUGAAAAGCCUUUCCAACAAUCUAUAAAUUCUCCCUCAAAUAGUUUCAAUCUGGAAAACGUGUGUUUGCAUUUGGCUGCCUUUAGUCUGAUUUUGUUUUCGCAAAUCGUGUUUCGCUAGGUCGUGUUUUACCUUUCUCCUUUUCUUCGCACCCCACUCAGGGCGUAAAUAUUUGAGUUUUCCUAUUCGUUUGCAGAUGGCUUUAGGUUUGUAGAAGGGAUGGGUGAAAGUUUGUCGGGAGGAUUUGUUGCUAUGCGGAGUAAAAACAAGAAAUACUUGGAAGAACAAAAAAGUCUUAUAUAGCGCUUUAAAAUUAUUUUUAUUAGGCUUCUCCUCGUUUACAAAGCCAUUUUCAUCGCCAUGUCGCUAGCCUGGACAUACUCUUUCAUAUUCACAUUAGAGCUACUAAAUAUUCUGUUUAUAAUCGAUAAGCACAGCAAAUAAAUAACAAUUGAUGCUUGUUUACAAUUAGCCAAAUCCGAGAGAACCCCGUAGAUUAUUAUUCAUGAAUGGAAACGAGUGGGGUCGCAAGCUGAUUCCCAGAUUCGAUUAGAGGAUUACAAUUCAAAUAAUCCCCUCUAUAAGAUGUCCCUUUUGCAUAUAAAGAGGGAAUCUUAAUCAGGAAGGGGUAUUUCUAGGUAGGACACACCAUUCAGAUACUUAGGUAGGUUUUUGGGGGAACUUUUAGGUGCAGUUUAUUGAUAUAUCAAGAGGUAUAUUAUAGUCGACUUUCUUCAUAGCUUUGGACGGUUUUUUUUAUUCCAUUAUCCACGGGCCACGUUUCCGAGGUGCCCAACUAUCCGCUCAGUUGUUGCCGCCUUCAGUUGCUAUUGGCGAGGUCAGUGGAACAUAAACAUGCCAUAAAUCAUCGGCAGAAGUGUGAGCGAUUCUGCGAUGUUGCGGUGGAGGCAGCGGUGGAGGCUCGUGCUGGGAAAUCUCUUUUAUUUUUGGACAUAUUUUUGUCCUUCCUCAUCCUGCAUCGGGCCAUCAUCGUGACAUUUCGGGCGCGCAGACUGUGAACUUAAGAUUCAUUUAGUCGCUUUUCCAUGCCAACGUAUGUACAUAUAUAGUACAUAUAACAAAAAACGAUUCGUCGACACUUUGUAGCCCAUUGCAAAUCUAAAACUGUCAACAGACUCAUUAAUUAUGACUCGGGGAUAGUGUUGAAAAAUGGGCCUUUCCCACCAAUUUUGCACAGAACAUUGUGUGCCAAAUUUGUCAUUCAUCAGCUUCUGGCCUUUUGUCUCUGACAGGAACAAGGCUCGGCUCUGGAUAGUUUGGGAGUUCGUUUUUAGCCCGGCUGAUUGAGGGCCUUUGUUGGUGUAAAGUGUUUGAUGGCCAGUUGGCUAAUUUUGUCCUGGCUGGUGCGCUGCCUGUUGGGGGAUUGAAAAAGUUUCCUUUGUGCGCUGAACCCUCGUCAUAAAUGAGGGUAAUGUGACAAAAAGUUUAUGAUGUUGCCCCAUUAAUGUCAACCAUUUUCAUGAGCUUUGUUUUAAGUGUUACACUAAAUUUAAUCCGAAUAGACUGUUAGUUAUUAUGAUGAACAAUGGGAGUCUAUUGGUCUCCACGUUGAUUCUAUUACCACGAUCAAGGUUCAGGUGAUGCAAAAUCAAUUUGCUUGCCCCCUCUAAUGUGAGUGGAAACCCCUCUAGCUGAUUGCGUAGUGCCACCGUCAAGUGGCAAUAAAUAAUAAUUUAGGAAGCGUAACUGACACCUCAUUAUCGCAUCCCCUCAGACAGCAUCAAUCACCGUGAUAACCAAAGAAAUCGCUGCAUUUGUGUUACGUGAAGCGUAAAAACGCAGACCAUCAAAGUGAAUUCCAUUUACUGCAAAAAACCGAGCUAACAAUAAAGUGCAACUGAAUCGGAAAGUGAACGCCGGGGUGAAUAAAGUAAAUAAGCGGCAGUUGCAGAGAAGUGAGUCGAUUUGUGGCGAGUUACAAGAACAGCGGCAACUGCGAGCUGAAAGCAACGGCAGCCGGGAAUCAUGAGCGAGAAACGAAUCGCACACAAAACUGUCAUCAAAUGACAAAUGCUUGACAGCAUCAAUCAACAACUGCGACGACAGCAGCGACGGCGACUGAGACUGAGAUGCCGACGAUGGCAGCAAGUUGCCGGCGGCGUCGGCAGAGCAUCAGGUUCUGGCUGCUCAGCCCUCUACUGAUGCUGCUGCUGCUGCUGCUGGUGCCGACGUUGCCAGCUCAGGUGGCAGGCGAGAAAACCAAAGAAAAUCGAACAAAAGCCAUGCAGCAGCCUGACUUCCAGGACUCGCUGCAACACAAUUUCAGCCAAGUUGCAGUAAACAAGUCCUUGGCCACGCCCACCGCAGCCAGCUUGCCCACCGGCAUCAGGGAGAAUGUGAUGCUGCCCUCGGCUGAUCCCGAACGGGAGGCCCAGAUCCUGUACGAGAAGUCUCUGCAAGAGUACCACGGGAGCCAGCUAUCCGCCACCGCCACCGCCUCCGGCAACUCCACCAGCGGUAAGCAUCCUUCGCCACAGCAGCCGCAGCGCACCCUGCACACCAUCUGCGAGCGGUGGCAGCAAAAGCACUGCCACUGCAGCGGCAGCCUGGAGAGCCUGCGACUCAGCUGCCGAGGGAUCGGUAUCCUGGCAGUGCCCGUCAACCUGCCCGGCGAGGUGAUUGUCCUAGAUUUGGGAAACAACAACUUAACCAAAUUGGAGGCGAACUCAUUUUUUAUGGUCCCGAAUCUGGAGGAGCUAACUUUGUCCGACAAUAGCAUCAUUAAUAUGGAUCCCAAUGCAUUCUAUGGUCUGGGCAAAUUGAAACGCUUGAGCUUGCAGAACUGUGGCCUCAAGUCCCUGCCGCCGCAAUCGUUCCAAGGACUCGCCCAGCUGACCAGCCUCAAUUUGGGCAGCAAUUUGUUGACAAUAAUAAACGACGAGGACUUUCCACGAAUGCCAAACUUGAUCGUUCUUUUGCUGAAGCGAAACCAAAUCAUGAAAAUAUCCGCGGGUGCUUUUAAAAAUUUAACCGCUUUGAAAGUUUUGGAACUGGAUGAUAAUUUAAUAAGCAGCCUGCCCGAAGGACUCAACAAACUGUCGCAUUUGCAGGAGCUGUCCAUGACCAGCAACCGAAUGCGCUGGAUAAACGACACAGAUCUGCCCAGGAGCAUGCAAAUGCUGGACAUGAGGGCCAACCCCCUUUCGACCAUUUCCACAGGAGCCUUUCGAGGAAUGACAAAAUUGCGGAAGCUGAUUUUAUCUGACGUACGCACUUUGCGAUCGUUUCCCGAACUGGAAGCCUGUCAUGCCCUGGAGAUUCUCAAGCUGGACCGUGCCGGGAUUCAGGAUGUGCCAUCUAACCUGUGCCGUCAAACGCCAAGACUGAAGAGCUUAGAACUAAAAACCAAUUCCCUGAAACGCAUCCCAAAUUUAAGUAGCUGCAGAGACUUAAGGCUGUUAGAUCUAUCAAGCAAUCAAAUAGAAACGGUCCAAGGAAAACCCUUCAACGGCCUGAAACAACUACAUGAUCUAUUGCUCUCUUAUAACCGAAUCAAGUCCUUGCCUCAGGAUGCCUUUUACGGAAUCCCCAAGCUGCAACUAUUGGAUCUGGAGGGCAAUGAGAUUUCGUACAUACACAAAGAAGCUUUUUCGGGAUUUACUGCACUGGAGGACCUGAAUCUGGGUAAUAACGUCUUUCCCGAGCUGCCAGAAUCGGGUCUGCGGGCGUUGCUCCACUUGAAGACCUUCAACAACCCGAAGCUAAGGGACUUCCCUCCGCCCGACACCUUUCCCCGUAUUCAAACGCUGAUCUUGUCAUAUGCCUAUCACUGCUGCGCCUUUCUACCCUUGGUGGCGAUGUCCUCGCAGAGAAAACCCUCUCAGGUCCAGGAAGCUGUCCUAUUUCCUUCGGACGCAGAGUUCGAUAUGACUUUGUGGAACAAUAGCAUGAUGAAUAUAUGGCCCCAAAUGCAUAACCUGAGCAAACAGCUGGGCGCCACCAUUCACGAUCCCUGGGAGAUGGCCGUCAACUUCAACGAGGAGCAAUUGCAAUCGCAGACUGGAGGCCAGAUCGCCACCAGCUACAUGGAGGAGUAUUUCGAGGAGCACGAGAUGAGUGGGCCCGGCACUGGCUACGGCUUCGGCACCGGGCUCUUCUCGGGAAUUUCCACAGAGGACUUUCAGCCCGGUGCGGUGCAGUGUCUCCCCAUGCCGGGACCUUUCUUACCCUGCGCUGAUCUCUUUGACUGGUGGACUCUGCGCUGUGGGGUUUGGGUGGUCUUCCUCCUGGCUCUAUUGGGAAACGGAACGGUGGUCUUCGUUUUGAUCUGCUCUCGCUCGAAGAUGGAUGUGCCAAGGUUUUUGGUCUGCAACCUGGCAGCGGCCGACUUCUUCAUGGGAAUCUACUUGGGCAUCCUGGCCAUUGUGGAUGCUGCCACUCUGGGCGAGUUCCGAAUGUUUGCCAUACCGUGGCAGAUGUCGCUGCUGUGCCAACUGUCGGGAUUCCUUGCCGUGCUGAGUUCAGAGCUCUCCGUCUACACAUUGGCGGUGAUAACGCUGGAGCGUAACUACGCCAUCACACAUGCCAUCCACCUCAACAAGAGACUGUCUCUGAGGCAGGCCGGCUACAUCAUGGGGGUGGGCUGGAUAUUUGCCCUGGUCAUGGCCCUGAUGCCCUUGAUGGGCGUGUCGGACUACCGGAAGUUCGCCGUGUGCCUACCCUUCGAGACUACCACGGGCCCGGCCAGCUUGACUUACGUCAUCUCGCUGAUGAUCAUCAAUGGAUGCGCUUUCCUGACCCUGAUGGGGUGCUACCUGAAGAUGUACUGGGCCAUCCGGGGCAGCCAGGCUUGGAACACGAACGACUCGCGGAUAGCCAAGCGGAUGGCCCUGCUGGUGUUCACCGAUUUCCUCUGCUGGUCCCCAAUCGCAUUCUUCUCCAUCACUGCCAUCUUCGGCCUGCAGCUGAUCUCUCUGGAGCAGGCCAAGAUUUUCACGGUGUUUGUGCUGCCUCUGAACAGCUGCUGCAAUCCGUUCCUCUACGCCAUCAUGACCAAGCAGUUUAAGAAGGACUGCGUGACCCUGUGCAAGCACUUUGAGGAAUCGCGGGUCGUCGGAGGCGGUCAAGGUGGUGGUCGAGGUGGCGCCCGCACCAAACGGGGCGAGCUGCCCCCACCGCUGCUGCCCACUGCCGCGGCAGUGGCUCAUCCGCCAGGUUGCCGAUGCCUAAGGAUGCUGCCCAGCGAAAUGCCCAACUGGCACAAGAUGGAGCAAACGCCCAGUCUGUGGCAGCGACUCAGAGCCUUCUGCUGCGGCGAAAAACGUCGACGACGCAAGCAGCGCCGCCAGCCACAGCAGCGGCGCCAAAGAGCCUACACGGCAGCAGCUGCCAAUCCGUACCAGUACCAGUUCGCCGAGCUCCGCCAGCAGCGUCAGAACCGAGCCAGCUCCAUCUCCAGCGAGAACUUCUGCAGCUCGCGAUCCUCCAGCUGGCGGCACGGACCACCCUCCUCCGCACCCGGACCGCCGGGUAACUGCAGUAUGCCUCUUAAGAUGAUGGAGCCUCACGGCCACAUGCACGGUCGCAGACGCCACUCCGCCUGGCUGAUCACUCGCAAGACAUCGCAGGACUCGAACCUGUCCAGCUCGCGAAACGACUCAUCUGCCUCGGCCACUACUGCCAGCACCUCUACUUUUCGGCUGUCGCGUUCCAGUGCAGGGAGCAGCACACCCUUGCCCUCGAUUAUAGCUCACAACGGAAAAGCGCAACUGGAGGCCGUGAAACCACGUCUGGUUAGACAGGAAGCUGUUCAAGAGGAGGAGGACUCUUCGCCGCCCCGCCUAGGAGUACGUUUUCUGCCAACCAUCCCCUCGGCAGCCGACAGUUCGGUCAUUAUGGAGGACGGCGAUUCCGCAAAUGCUGGAGUGGCUGGAUUUCUGGGCAUGCCGCUGCCAGGAGCCUCUAGUGGCUUCCUCAUCGCCCCCUCCUCCGCCCCACCGCCGGCUGUGCUGCAACCAGCCAAACCCCCGCCCGAUCCCAAUGACGCCCCGCCAUGAUGGUGGGACUUCGGCUGGCUGAGGAUGAGCAGAGCCAACCGGGAGACCUUUCUGUAGGAUGCACAUUGAACAGGACGAAAGCUGACUGUGUUCAUAGAUUGUAUUCGGGGUGGGGCGGGGCGAGGAGGGUCAAUGGAUGUAAUGACACGAAAUACACAAGACCCACAAAGAAGAUAUUAGAUUUAUAGUAUUAAGUAGUCAAUUUGUUAAGUUCCAACCGUACGAAAUGGAUGAAACUCAUUUUAAAACCCCAAUUAGUCAAGUCCCCCAUGCUCUUGUUAAGACCUAACUUCUUUUAAUGGGCUGUUUAUUUUACAAUCUAAAAAUUUGAUUUAUUUUAAAAUCGGCUUCAUGUUAACCAGCGGCCGGCAUUGACGAGAGUAUUAAUGUAUGUAUAACAUAAUUUAUUACAUUAGAUUACAUUCUUAACACUAAUCGUAAAUAUUUAGCGUAACUCUAUAUAGAUACAUAUAUUUAUGUACGUGUGUAUUGUGUUCGAUGAUGCCAAGCACUCAUCGCCGUAGACAUUGAAAAUGAAACCAAGCCAUAAACACUUAAAUUAAA